GCUUUAGACUGAAAAUAGUCCACGAAGAAGAGAACCGGUCCUGACUCCAACUGGUCCUCCAUGGACCAGUGAAGUAUCCCCCAUCCUGCCAGUUAAAAGCAAUGGUUUUGGGAGCUGGAGGCUGUAGAACCGUCAGCCGAGUGUGCGUGGGGCCCCUCCUCUCCUUGUUUCCCAGCACCCCUCCUGAAAUGGGAUGCCAGCCCCCUGCCUCCCUGCCCUGAGCUCUCCUGGGGUGCCAUGAACAGCUACAGAGACAGAGGGGUGACUUGCACAUCCUCGGACCUCCUGGAUGGAGGAGGAGGAGGGUUGCUACAGCAAACUCCGUUUCGUCACACCCCCAACGGCCACCCGGCUCCUGGCCUCACAGACUCGGCCAUCAAACCACGCAUGGGUGUUCGGGCACGGAUUGCAGAAUGGCCCCCUCGCCGUGCGCAGUCUAGAGAGUCGCUGCUUGAAAAUGGGCAAAUGGGCAGCAGUCGCCACAUAGAUGACGGCUCCGCCUCAAUUUCAGUUUUGUCGUCUGACAUGGGGUUAGUGCGAGGAGGCGUGGCCAGGUUGCCACGACGUCGGUCCAAGGAUGUGGAGUUCAGAGGAGGAGGGUUUGGCGGUGAGAGAGGUUCACCUUUUAGCCUCAGAGUGUUCCCUCCGUUGAGACAGCGCUCAAACAGCGAGGUGACACUGAGCGAACAGGACGAAAAUGAGGUGGAGGUUCGUGGAAGUGGCGGGAUGGGGAACCUGUUCAGAGAAUAUGGCAGCACCUCCUCCAUCGACAUCCAGGGCAUUCCUGAGCAGAGCUUCUUCGACAUGCUCAGUCAGUUCCACCAGGAGAGGCCUGACCAGCGCAGCUCAGCACCCAUACGCCUCGGGGAGUUGCUGCGCGCUCCAGACUCGAGCGCACCCCUCCCCUCCGCUCCUUCACCUGGUCCCGCAGGGGGCGACGACCGAGGGACAGGAAGGAAGGACGGAGCUGAGAGGGUGAGGAAGAAAAGCGGAGGGACGGAGUCAUCACUGGGCACCUCCUCUUUGUUCAGGAAACUAAGGAGCUCAAGUCGCGGCGAGCUCGAUGGAGGGAAAGGAGAGACAAGUGAGGAUGGGGGAGGGAGGGGUUCAGGGGACGCCUCCUACAAACCGUGGGUGUGCCCCAAGAGCUUUGUCCACUACGAUGCUCAGAGCAUCCUGUUUGACCUCCACGAGGCGGCGGCUCAGCGGGGCUAUGCCGCCCAGAGGAGGAACACCGCCACAGGGGCAUCAGCUGCUUCAGUGUCCCUGUCCGUCUCCAGAUCCACGGCUCCGAGCGUGAACGACCCAGUUUACUCCAGCAUAGAGGAUCUGACCUUGAGCCUCGACCCUGGCUCCUCCACACCCUCCCUGGGCGUGGACCCCCUGGAUGGGCCUCCUGGCGCCCACAACGCGAGCCCACUGCUCCUUUGCUGCCCCCACUUCCUCAAUGAGACCGGGGGCCACGGGGAGCGCAACAUUAGCUUCCUCAGCUCGUCAGCGGAGCGGGGAGGAGACAGAGGAGACGCAGCGAGGGGUUGGCUGAGGAGGAGUAACGCCAGCGUCUCCGUGCUAGAGGUGCCUAUCGAAGAGCAGGUUACGAGACUGGACCGACUGAAACUGUACAGCAUAGAGCAUGUAGACCUCGGGGCCAGGUACUACAGAGAGUGCUUCCAUGGGAAAGGUAAUACACAUUCACGAUGA